AAAAACAGAGCACCAGAGCACAUUAUUAGCCCCCCCUCCUUCCUUCCCUCUCUCUCUCUCUCUCUCUCUCUCUCUGCUCUCCUCUCUCCUCCCUCUCUCUCUCUCUCUCUCUCUCUCUCUCUCUCUGUCUACGUCCUCUUGAAGAGGCGUAGCUCGCUGCUUUCUGCUCAUUGUGUGACUCCGGCGAGAGAAAUUUCCGCUUCCUGCACCGACAAACAACAACCGACCAACCAACACACAACGAGCCGUCUCGAAGUUCAGGCGCAGGGGGACUGAGAGGGAGCGAACACCGGGGAUCUACCGCCUGUCUGCGGGUCUAGAAACCCCGACUGGGACUGCAAUAUGUUCUCGAUCUCUGGACGCGACUAGCACCAAAACCGUCCAACUUUACGGGUGCAUUGUGCGCGGGGAGCGUUUUACGCAUUUGCACCACAAGGAGCAAGGAGCCUUUGAAAAAAGGCAAAAAGGAAGGAAGGAGGAGGAGGCACUUAAAAAAAGGACAACCACAGAAGGAGAAGAAGACAGGCUACUACGGGUAUUCCUCCUGUCAGCUCCGUCUUCAGCCUCCAGGAUGUCGGAGCGAGGAGGGCUCCCGCGGACUGGGGGCGUCCCCUCGCCGCACAUGCAGCCCUCCAAGCCGGUCAGCAUCACCUCCAACCGGCCGGUCCACAUGAACCUGUACGCUACCUGGGAGGUGGACCGCUCCUCGCCCAGCUGUGUGCCAAGGUUGUUUAAUCUGACUCUGAAGAAGCUGAUCAUGCUGAAGGAGCUGGACAAAGACCUCACAUCUGUAGUCAUCGCAGUCAAACUGCAGGGUUCAAAGCGGAUCCUUCGCUCCAACGAGAUCCUGCUGUCCUCGGCGGGGCUGACAGAGACCGACCUGCAGCUCACCUUCUCCCUGCAGUAUCCACACUUCCUGAAGAGGGACGCCAACAAGCUUCAGAUCAUGCUGCAGCGACGGAAGAGAUACAAGAACAGGACCAUCCUGGGCUACAAGACCCUGGCUCUGGGACUCAUCAACAUGGCUGAGGUGAUGCAGCACCCCAGUGAGGGCGCCCAAGUCCUGGGGCUCCACAGCCAGCUGAAGGACGCCUCGGUGCCCGUCGCAGAGAUCCGAGUCUACUCCCUGUCCAGCCAACCCAUCGACCACGAGGGCCCCAAAGCUAAGAUGUCUGAUCGAUCCCCAGACAUCGACAACUACUCCGAGGAAGAGGAGGAGAGCUACUCGUCAGAGCCGGAGGGCAGCGAUGACCCCAUUCAUGGACAGUAUCUUUAUGACGAAGAAGACGAAGUGAGGAAGAAGAAGCUGAGGCGCAAGCUGCCUUCAAAUGCCGCCAUUACCAGACAACCCAACAUCAAGCAGAAGUUUGUUGCCUUGCUGAAAAGGUUCAAAGUCACUGAUGAGGUUGGUUUUGGCCUGGAGCACGUCUCCAGGGAACAGAUCCAGGAGGUGGAGGAGGACCUGGACGAGCUCUACGACAGUCUGGAGAUGUACAACCCCAGCGACAGCGGGCCAGAGAUGGAGGAGACUGAUAGCAUUCUUAGCACGCCCAAACCUAAACUAAGGCCGUUCUUUGAGGGCAUGUCUCAGUCCAGCUCCCAGACGGAGAUCGGCAGUCUGAACAGUAAAGGCAGCUUGGGGAGAGACACCUUCAGUCCGCAGGGGGAGCAGCAUCCACUUGAGAAGAUGAAACACUCACGCAGCCGCAACUUGGAGGAGGCACUCUCUGAGACCGACACACUGGAGCUAACAGAUCAGGAGCUGUUUGCUGAGGUGGGCCCCUGCAUCACGGUGUCUGUGGCUGAGAAACCCCGUACACCCUUAAAGAGCAGCAAAAGUGAAAGCCAGGCCAUGCCAUCCCCAAGGUUGGACGGAGGCCACACCCCCCGACAGAAGCGCAUCAGCACGCCCAUGAAGGAGAGACAGCUGUCCAAACCUCUGAGCGAACGCACCAACAGCUCAGACUCAGAGAGAUCCCCGGAGCUGGGGCACAGCACGCCACUCCUCAGGAAAGUGGUGUAUGACCAGCUGAACCAGAUUUUGUUGUCGGAUUCUGCACUACCUGAGAGCCUGAUUCUGGUGAAUGGCACAGACUGGCAGGGACAGUACGUUGCUGAGCAGCUCCAGGUGCAGAGACACCCGGUGGUUUGUACGUGCUCGGCCGCUGAGAUCCAGGCGGUGCUGUCUGCUGUGCUCACUCGCAUCCAGAAAUUCUGUAACUGUAACUCGUCCAUGCCCCGUCCGGUGAAAGUGGCGGCGGUUGGCAGCCAGAGUUACCUGGGCGCCAUCCUGCAGUUCUUUGUCACCCAGCUCGCCAACAAGACGUCGGAUUGGCUCAAUCACAUGCGCUUCCUGGUGGUGCCUCUGGGCUCCCAUCCCGUUGCCAAACACCUCGGCGCCCUUGAUAACCGCUACAGCUCCUCCUUCCUGGACGGGGCGUGGAGAGACGUGUUCACCCGCUCUGAACCACCGCAGACUGAUCAGUUAGAUGUAGCAGGAAGAAUCGCGCAGUACAUCAGUGGCGCCACCGUCACCCAUCAGCUGCCCAUCGCUGAGGCCAUGCUCACCUGCAAACACAGGACGCGAGAUGAAGACUCCUACCAGAAGUUUAUUCCUUUCAUUGGGGUAGUGAAAGUCGGUCUCAUCGAGUCUGGUCAGUCUCCGACAGGAGACACAGAGGAGGGCGUGGCGGUGAGCUUGGCUGUCCCCUCCACGUCUCCCCCCUCCCACGGCUCACCCACUGGGAUGAUUAAAGAGGCGGCCACACCCCCGUCCUCCCCCUCCAUGGGCAGCGUCCUCUCAGUACAAGGGAGUCCAAGCAUGUCUCACGGCGUGGACGCCAUCGGCCUGCAGGUGGAUUACUGGCUCGCCUCACUGGCUGAGAAGCGGCGGGAGGGCGAUCGCCGCGACACGGGCUGCAAGAACACGCUGAAGAGCGCCUUCCGCUCGCUGCAGGUCAGCAGGCUACCAGGAGGGGGCAGCAGCGACUCACAGGCCCAGGUCAGCACCAUGGCCAUGACGGUGGUCACCAAGGAGAAGAACAAGAAAGUUCCCACCAUCUUCCUGGGAAAGAAGCCGAAAGAGAAGGACGUGGACUCAAAGAGUCAGGUCAUUGAGGGCAUCAGUCGCCUCAUCUGCUCCGCCAAGCAGCAACAGACCAUCCUGAAAGUGUCCAUAGACGGCGUGGAGUGGAACGACGUGAAGUUCUUCCAGCUGGCUGCCCAGUGGCCCACACACGUCAAAUACCUACCUGUCGGACUUUUUGGCUACAGCAAGCCCCCGUCUUAGGGGCGAGCACCUGCCGACUCCUCUGAACCCCGGCCGUCAGCGCCUCCAGAGCCGAGAGAAGACGCCAAGCGGACAGACUUUUCUUCUUCUUUAGUUUCAGUUUGGCUACAGUCGUCUUGUUUCUCUUUCGGGAAGGAGAGGAGGAGAAGGAGGAGCGCUGGUUACUAGUCACUUUAAUGCCCCUGUUGUGUGUGUGUGUGUGUGUGUGUGUGUGUGUGUGGCGAAUGCAUGCACACGUGAAUGUACAGUAUGUGUGUGUUUGAGUGUGUUUGUGUGUGUGUGUGUUCAAGGGGCUCACAGCACAAGUUUAAUAGUUAACUGCCAUUUACGUUUCCGUUCUAUGGAAUGCAACAGCAUGCAACAACUCACCGAUCUCAACCCCUUAAAGUCCGACCCUCCGCUUACGACCCCUUCAAGGUCCCACCGCGCACCUCAGCACCUGAUCCACACGUGCAUGCUCUGAACUAACACAUACACCACUCAUGUGCCGGAAAAAACAGCAACUCAAAAUAAUAAAAAAAACAGAAAUGCAACAGGGCUUCAGUUUUUGCAUGAGGAAAAACACAAAGAAAAGUCUGUUCUGCUCACAAAACGCAGCAAAUAAAAGGCGUGCAUGUGAUGAUUUCACCUCCACAUGUUCUCUGAUACAUCAGCAGCACAUGCCCUUCAAAACAGGCUUCAGAAAUUUAAUUUUAAAGGGCUUCCAUAUGGUUUAAAAUAUCUUUUCUGUACCAAAAUAAGUAAUUUAGAUGUCUAAUGCCAAUAUUUUCCUUUGAAAAAAAGAAGAAAAAAACAAUAUCUAUACAUGGGAAGUGUCGUUUUUUUAUCGUGCUCAAGUGAAAACUCGUAAAAGACUUCCCUUCAAAGGUGUUAUCGUGAUGUACGUUUUUGUGAGAGAACUCCAGGAUUUCAGGGCGGUAGCGAGAGGAACGUGCAGCUUUCUUUUAGCUUCUUAUUUGCUAUGCACUUAUGAAUACACAUCAGAGUGUGUGCAGAGAGGAGAGCUGGUGAGAAAGAACAUAAUGAAGUGAGCCAAAUACAUGUGCAACAAGACAACUGAGAGAGCAGAGUGCAUAUUUUAAAAGAGAGGGGAAAGCAUGUUUUUAUCCUGCUUUUCUACGAGGAUCUAAACUGCGAUGUGGCAGUUUAACGCCUGCAAUAAAGCACAAUGUCGUUCGCUGGUUAGCCCUCAAAGUUUCGUCUUUAUUGGCAAUACUCUCAAAUUUUUAAAAAUCAACCCAUCCAGGGAGAGAAAGCGUUCUUGGUUGAUUUGCGUUGUUUAGGCACAGGUCUGCCACAUGCUUUCUCUAAGAUAUCGUGAGGUGAUUAGUGUGUGUACAGUAUCUGGUAACACGUGUGUGUGCGUGUAUGUGGUGACAUAAAUGUAAUGUGGUCAAAAACUUUAUAAAAUAUCACUAAAUAGGAGAAUAUUUUUUCUACCAUGUGACAGAGGGGACAUGCAUUUGGUGUGUGUGUGUGUUUGUGUUUGCUGGCAGCGUGUGUUGAUGAUGUCAUUAUUAAAAACAUUGAUAAUCAGAUUAGGGCUGCGAAAGCUGCAGUACGUCUCUUGUUUCCGUUGUUGCCUGGCACAAGGCAAGCACUUUUUAUUUUCAAUCACUUAAAAUGGAAAAAGAUUGGGGCCAUUUUCAAAAAUGUUAAUUGACAUUGUCUUCAAGGUUAAAGUCAGAGAUUUUAGUUUUAAGUCAGAAUUAUGAUGAUAAAACUCUGAAUUAAUGCCGAAUUGACAAUAUUUUAAAUUCAAGAUCAAAAUCAAAAUUCUGGCUUUUAAUUUAGAACUCAAGAAUGUUUUUUUAAGUCCACUAAACAAACAAAAAAAUUAAAUUAAAUUAAGUGGACUAGGGCCAAAUGUAAAAAUAAAUAAAUUAGUUUUAGAUUAAAAGUAAAAGUUCUAAAUUUCAGGGCAUAAUUCUUACAUUUGUUUGAGAAUUAAAUUUUAAAAGGAACAAUUUUCAAUCUAACAUUUCAUUCCGAAUUCUGUCUUGUAUCUAAGAACUUAAUUACAAUUUUAAAAAUCUGCCCACAUUCUCUGUUCAUAAAAAAAAAAGAAUAUAAUGUUUGAAAAACACAAAACUAAAAAUUGCAAAAUAUGAAUUUAAAUUUUGACUAUAUAAAUCAUUAUUCUGAUUUUGAAGUUGGAAAUUUGAAAAUAAAUUCAGAAUUAAAAUCAAGAAAAGUGUAUCCCAAAAUUCUGACUUUUAACUGAGAACUUAAGUAAAUGCAUCUGUACAGAACAAACCUAAUACCAAAAUUAAAUUUUGGUGAAAUAAUAUUAUAAAAAAAAUUGUAAAUCUGGAAAAAUAAAAGUUGGAAGGAGACAAAAGAAAUCUGAAUUUGUGUGUAGAAUUUCUGUUUUUCAGUCAGAAUUCAGAAAAGAAUAUUAAAAUUCCAGAGAUAAUUAAAAAAUGUUCAACUCAAGUUUCAAAUCUGAAUUUUAGUGUUUCUGCCACAACUUUGGUCCAUUUUUGUAAAUUUGACCCCAAUCCUCUUCUGUAGAAAACAAACCUAAUCUCAAAUUAAAUCACAGUUGAUCAAACUCCUCUUGAACUCGUGUCAAUGAGAACAAGAAGGGUUAACUUUUUUAAACUCAUAAAUCAAACCUUACCCAUCACGCUCUGCCUUGUGUCACCUUCAUCAUAACACUGUCCAUCUGCAGUGAAGUAUUAGCUCAAUAGUUUCUUCUAAUAGUGUUCAGCAUUCAUUUAAGUGAUGCUUUUGUUUGUUUGAAACAGACUGGACCGUGUCGAUGUUACAGUGUUACAGUUGUGAUGUCAUCGACGCGUCUUAAACUCGCCUCGUUUUCCUAUUGGACGACGGCUGAAGGGUUUCAGAGCUGGCUCGUUUGUUCACUCUCUGUUGAGUUCACUGUCACUGCUGAACAAACUCUUUUACGUACUUCCAAAUAUUUGAAUGUAAUGAAUUAAGUUUACACUUUUGUGCAACUUUCUACAGAUCAUGUUUAAAAAAACAGUCAUUUUGAAGUUAGCAGGAACAGACAGCGAGUUUUCAUGUAAACAACAAAUAAACAAACAGCCAGUGGGCCUCUUGAAUGCACCCUUCUAAAGACCUGUAGUCCAUCAUAUGUACUGCUGAAAACCAGUUAAGGGCUUGACAGACUGACCGACCGACUUCAUCAACAUUUCAUUCCAAAAUGAACUACAUUUACACAAAUAUUCUCUAAGAGUUGCUUUCAGAAUAUCAAAUAAGUACAAUCUUCUCAUUACCACAUCUAUCUUCUAUUCACAUCUAUUUAUAAGUUGCCACUUUUGAGACCUUAAUGUUUAGAAAUCCUUUGAGAAUACAGGGAAGUUCUGCUACGGUGCAUAAACGGAAAUAACUUUUGGGUUGCCAGGUUUUGAGGCCAAAUUUUAGCAAAGUUUCCCCCUUUGGUUUGAAUAUGUUCUAUCCUCUGCUAAUUUCUAUAGCAACACUUAUCAAAAUGUGUUUAUUAACAAUACAUAAAACUACUACAUGUUAUCUGAAAGUUUCCACCAAAACAACAGAAAAACAACAGAAUUAAAUCUAAACUCUUGAGUCAAUAUCAAGCCGUUAUUUUAGCAUCUUUGAGCUCAUUGUUUUGGUUUAAGUCCUGCUAUUUACUUGUUUUGAUUUACUAUAACACCUGUUAUUGGCCUUGUGUCCAUACCCCAAAGAAGAAUAUUUACCUCAAAGAAGCUCCCACGCCAAACAGCAGAUAAAGUAAGCAACUAUCUGGUGAGCCUUCAGUUGGUGGAGACCAAACACAUAGCUAAAAGGGAGUGAAUGAUUCACUAUAAUAACUUUCAUUGGCCUGUGUCCAUACCCCAGGGUAGUAAAUUCCAUUCAAAGAAGCUCCCGCACCAAACUGCAGAUAAAGUGAGCAACUAUUUGGUGAGCCUUGAGUUGGUGGAGACCAAACACAUAGCUAAAAGGGAGUAAACACUUCCCUAUAACAUCUGUCAUUGGCUUUGUGUCCAUACCCCAAAUAACUAUUAUCUAUUCAAAGAAGCUUCUCCACCAAACUUCAGAUAAAGAUAGAAACUAGAUGAUGAACCUGGAGUUGGUGGAGACCAAAAACAAAGCUAAAAGGGAGUAAACAAUUCACUAUGACAUCUUUCAUUGGCUUUGUGUCCAUACCCCAAAGAGGUAUAUUCCAUUCAAAGAAGCUCCUCCACCAAGCUGCAGAUAAAGUUAGCAACUAUUUGGUGAGCCUCGAGUUGGUGGAGACCAAAAACAAAGCUAAAAGGGAGUAAACAAUUCACUAUAACAUCUUUCAUUAGCCUUGUGUCCAUACCCCAGAGAGGUAUAUUCCAAUCAAAGAAUCUCCUGCACCGAAUUGCAGAUAAAGCUAACAAAUAGCUGAUGUUGGAGUUGGUGGAGACCAAACACUUAGCUAAAAGGGAGUAAACAAUGCACUAUAACAUCUUUCAUCGGCCUUGUGUCCAUACCCCAAAGAAGUAUAUUUGAUUCAAAGAAUCUCCUGCACCGAAUUGCAGAUAAAGCUAACAACUAUCUGGUGAGCUUGGAGUUGGUGGAGACCAAACACAUAGCUAAAAGGGAGUAAACAUUGCUCUUCUAUUCAAUAAGUGUCCAGAACACCCACCCAAAAUGUAUGCUAAUGUUGUUCUGUAACCAGACAAUCCUUUGCUUGAUUGCUAACCUAUAACUAGGUAAUAUAAUAACAUGUCAGUGUUAUGUUUGCAGUUGCCCCAAGGUGGCCAAAAACUGUCACUGCACGAUAAAAAAACUGAUGAAUGAAAGAGAUUCUUUACCAAAAUCAAAUGGCAACCCACAACAUAAUUUUAUUUAUGCACUGUGAUAACUUCUUGAUAAUCAUAUAGAAGCUUUAUAUCUUAAAUGUUUAGUUACAAUUGAGAAAGGUUGAUUUUAAGAAAGCUUAAUUGAUGAAAAACGCCAACAUUUUAAAAUAAAGAAAGAAGUUCCAAAGCAAAAAAGUCUUUCAACAGUGUUUUGGAAUUAUUAACUUCAACUGUAAACAUGGGUGGUCUCGUGUCUGCUGCUUAUGGAUAACCUCACUAACACAAAAUGCUCUUUGCCUUGUAGUGUUGUUAGCCUAAUUAUUGCAUUGAUGUGAUUUUGAAGUUGUCCUAUAAAUUGUAUGAAGUUGUAAUUUAUUGAUGCCUCUUUUGUUUUAGUGGGGAGGAGGAGGAGGGGUUAAAGGUCAGCUGAGUCUCCUGCUCCCUGAACUUUAGACAUAUUCUCCUGAAAGAGAGGCAUAAAAACAAAACCACUGCCAAAACCACAAUGUGAAGAACUUGUGAUCAUAUUCAGAGAUAUUUGUGGAUUCGUUUUUUUUGGGUUGCAACAGUGAUGCUCGUUCUUAAGUCAGCAUUUCAAUGUGUGAAAGACGUGGAUGCUUUUUUUAAUCCCAUCCAUCUUUCCCUCCACUCUUACAGUUUACAUGUUUUUCUAAAGUCUCUGGUUGUUCCGUGUGUUAAGUCUUGAACUCGUCCCUGUGUGUUUUUACCUGUACCUCUAUACCUGUGUCGACCUGUGUUUGUGGCGGUGUAGCGGUGGUUCCUCUGUCCUUUAUGACUCGUCGUGGUUAGAGAUUAGUAACUGUUUGGUCCAUCAAUAAUCUCUGUCAGUGAUCAGCAGUGUCUUCUCUCUCCACCGUCCUCAGAUUAAAUGACCCUCUGAUGAUGAGAGAGUCUUCUUCACCAGGCUUCCACAAGCUUAGCUUCGUAAAAAACAUCUGAAACAAUAUUGUCCCCAUCCCCUCACAGCUUGUACAUUUGCUGUCUGUCCUCAUGGGAACGGGAUUCUCCUUUGGAAGCAGUAGAUUUCUGCCUGACUGGUCCUGCUCAGAGCAGGACGCCCUAAGCUUGUGGACUUGUGGAGAGUAUUUUGCACAUGCCAUCGUUUUCUUCAGCAGCAGUCUUCAGCUUUUUUGCCUUUUGCCUAUAACAAUAAUAAUAAUAAACUAUAAUGCUUGUACAUAUCAGAUAGUACUUGUUAUAUUGUACUCCAGUUUUUGUUUUCUUAAUUUCAACAUGUUUUGUAGUAAUGCUUUUUCAUGAUUACGUUUGUCAAUCGAAACAAGAUGGUGGAUGAAAAGUGGAAGUGUUUAUUGUUUCAUUUGUUUUUUAAAAUAAAAAUACUCCUGAUUUGUA